AUGAAACGCGCCAUUCGUAUUGUCAACUGCUCCGGCGCCAUCGGCGACGGCGGCGCACUCCACCCGCAGGCCCUGGCCGGCCACGUCAUUGAGUGCGGGCCCAUGUCGACGGGCGGCAACUUUGCCGGCGUGGCCACUGUCGUUGACGUGCCCGCGAGGGAUGCCGCCCUGUGCGCCGACAAGGCUGCCGUGCAGCCCGAUUACGGGCCGACGGUCACCAUGCCGGACUACAAGGGCACGGUCGUCUGCCCCUUUGGCGACCUCGCCUCUGCUCGGUCCAGUGACAAGGGAGGCAACGCCAACAUUGGCGUCUGGAUGCGCGACGACGCCGCCGACCCGUGGCUUCAGGCGUUCUCGACGAGCGAGCGUGCGCAGGCGCUGCUGGGCGACGACUGGCGGCCCGAGUACGCGAUUGAACGCUGUGAGUUUCCCGAGCUGCGGGCCGUGCACAUUUUGGUGCGCGGCCUGCUACGGGACGGCCUAAGCAGCAGCUGUAUUGUCGACGGCUUCGGCAAGAGCGUCGGCGAAUUAUGCGGUUGCGUCACGUGGCCAUACCGGUUGAGCUGGUGGCGGCCGAAGACGCACGGCGGACGGCGGCGUAUACUGCGGUGGGGAGGACUUAUGCUAUAG